CUAGUGUCUGCCCUGCUCAGUGAAUGGAGAGCGCGAGCGCCGGCCAGCUCGCCCUGCCGCCCUGUGCCCCGGCCGCUGACGCGGGACUCCCGAGCCCAGCCCCAAGCCGGACCUCCCCGGGCUCCGUGCCCCACUGCUCCAGCCCCAGGACCCCGACCCGGCCCUCGCUCCGGGCCGCGGGCCAGAGGGGACAGGGGGCGCUCGGUACCUGGGCACUCCGGACGAUGCGCAGCGGGGCAGCGCCAGCCCCGCCGAUGGAGCUGCUGCUGCCGCCGCCGCCCGGCGCGCCCCGCUCCGCCCGCGCCCCGUGCGCCUGAGCGCCGAGCUCCUCCUCCGCGCCCACUCCACCGCCCGCUCCCCAGGCCGCCCGCGCUCCCCCGAGCCGCUCCGGGCUUCAAGCGUCUUGCCCCGCCGAGGCAGCCUCCUCCGGGCGCGGGCCCCUGCACACCAUGGCCCCCGGGCGGACAGGGUCCGGCGCCGCUGUGUGCGCCCGCCUGGCGCUGGCCUUGGCGCUGGCGAGCGUCCUGAGCGGGCCCCGCGCCGCCGCCUGCCCCACCAAGUGUACCUGCUCCGCCGCCAGCGUGGACUGCCACGGGCUGGGCCUCCGGGCGGUUCCCCGGGGCAUCCCCCGCAACGCCGAACGCCUUGACCUGGACAGAAAUAAUAUCACCAGGAUCACCAAGAUGGACUUCGCUGGACUUAAGAACCUCCGAGUCUUGCAUCUGGAAGACAACCAGGUCAGCGUCAUCGAGAGAGGCGCCUUCCAGGAUCUGAAGCAGCUGGAGCGAUUGCGUCUGAACAAGAAUAAGCUCCAAGUGCUUCCAGAACUGCUCUUCCAGAGCACACCGAAGCUCACCAGACUAGACCUGAGCGAAAACCAGAUCCUGGGCAUCCCAAGGAAGGCUUUCCGCGGCAUCGCCGACGUGAAGAACCUGCAACUGGACAACAACCACAUCAGCUGCAUUGAAGAUGGAGCCUUCCGAGCGCUGCGCGACUUGGAAAUCCUCACACUCAACAACAACAACAUCAGCCGCAUCCUGGUCACCAGCUUCAACCACAUGCCAAAGAUUCGGACCCUGCGCCUCCACUCCAACCACUUGUACUGCGACUGCCACCUGGCCUGGCUCUCCGAUUGGCUGCGACAGCGGCGGACGAUUGGCCAGUUCACACUGUGCAUGGCUCCUGUGCACCUGAGGGGCUUCAACGUGGCAGAUGUGCAGAAGAAGGAGUAUGUGUGCCCAGGCCCCCACUCGGAACCUCCAUCCUGCAAUGCCAACUCCAUCUCCUGCCCGUCAGCCUGCACUUGCAGCAAUAACAUCGUGGACUGCCGAGGGAAGGGCUUGACGGAGAUCCCCGCCAACUUGCCAGAGGGCAUCGUGGAAAUACGCCUGGAACAGAACUCCAUCAAAGCCAUUCCUGCCGGAGCCUUCAGCCAGUACAAGAAGCUGAAGCGAAUAGACAUCAGCAAGAAUCAGAUAUCGGACAUUGCCCCAGAUGCCUUCCAGGGGCUGAAAUCACUCACGUCGCUGGUGCUCUAUGGGAACAAGAUCACCGAGAUCGCCAAGGGACUGUUUGAUGGGCUGGUGUCCCUACAGCUGCUCCUGCUCAACGCCAACAAGAUCAACUGCCUGCGGGUGAACACGUUCCAGGACCUGCAGAACCUCAACCUGCUCUCGCUGUACGACAACAAGCUGCAGACCAUCAGCAAGGGGCUCUUCGCCCCCCUGCAGGCCAUCCAGACGCUCCACUUAGCCCAAAACCCCUUUGUGUGUGACUGCCACUUGAAGUGGCUGGCCGACUACCUCCAGGACAACCCCAUCGAGACAAGCGGGGCCCGCUGCAGCAGCCCUCGCCGGCUGGCCAACAAGCGCAUCAGCCAGAUCAAGAGCAAGAAGUUCCGCUGCUCAGGCUCCGAGGAUUACCGCAGCAGGUUCAGCAGCGACUGCUUCAUGGACCUCGUGUGCCCCGACAAGUGUCGCUGUGAGGGCACCAUUGUGGACUGCUCCAACCAGAAGCUGGCCCGCAUCCCUAGCCACCUCCCCGAAUACGUCACCGACCUGCGACUGAACGACAAUGAGAUAUCUGUUUUAGAGGCCACUGGUAUCUUCAAGAAGCUGCCCAACCUGCGGAAAAUAAACCUGAGUAACAACAAGAUCAAGGAGGUGAGAGAGGGCGCCUUUGACGGAGCCGCGGGUGUGCAGGAGCUGAUGCUGACAGGGAACCAGCUGGAGACGGUGCACGGACGCAUGUUCCGUGGCCUCAGUGGCCUCAAGACCCUGAUGCUGAGGAGUAACCUGGUCAGCUGUGUGAGCAAUGAUACCUUUGCUGGCCUGAGCUCAGUGCGACUGCUGUCCCUCUAUGACAAUCGCAUCACCACCAUCACCCCCGGAGCCUUCACCACGCUCGUCUCCCUGUCCACCAUAAACCUCCUGUCCAACCCCUUCAACUGCAACUGCCACCUGGCCUGGCUCGGCAAGUGGCUGAGGAAGAGGCGGGUCGUCAGCGGGAACCCCCGGUGCCAGAAGCCAUUCUUCCUCAAGGAGAUUCCUAUCCAGGAUGUGGCCAUCCAGGACUUCACCUGCGAAGGCAACGAUGAGAGCAGCUGCCACCUGGGCCCACGCUGCCCCGAGCAGUGCACCUGCGUGGAGACGCUCGUGCGAUGCAGCAACAAGGGGCUGCGUGCCCUCCCCAAAGGCAUCCCCAAGGACGUGACUGAGCUGUACCUGGAAGGAAACCACCUAACGGCCGUGCCCAGAGAGCUGUCCGCCCUCCGACACCUGACACUUAUUGACCUGAGCAACAACAGCAUCGGCGUGCUGACCAAUUACACCUUCAGUAACAUGUCUCACCUCUCCACCCUGAUCCUGAGCUACAACCGGCUGCGGUGCCUCCCCGUGCACGCCUUCAAGGGGCUGCGGUCCCUCCGAGUGCUAACCCUCCAUGGCAAUGACAUUUCCAGCGUUCCCGAAGGCUCCUUCAGCGACCUGGCAUCUCUGUCCCACCUGGCGCUGGGAACCAACCCGCUGCACUGUGACUGCAACCUGCGCUGGCUGUCGGAGUGGGUGAAGGCGGGGUACAAGGAGCCUGGCAUCGCCCGCUGCAGCAGCCCCGAGCCCAUGGCGGACAGACUUCUGCUCACCACCCCCACCCACCGAUUCCAGUGCAAAGGGCCAGUGGACAUCAACAUCGUGGCCAAGUGCAAUGCCUGCCUCUCCAGCCCAUGCAAGAACAAUGGGACAUGUAGCCAGGACCCUGUGGAGCUGUACCACUGCGCCUGCCCCUAUGGCUACAAGGGCAAAGACUGCACCGUGCCCAUCAACACCUGCAUCCAGAACCCCUGUCAGCACGGAGGCACCUGCCAUCUGAGCGAGAGCCACAAGGACGGGUUCAGCUGCUCUUGCCCUCUGGGCUUUGAGGGGCAACGGUGUGAGAUCAACCCAGACGACUGUGAGGACAACGACUGCGAGAACAAUGCCACCUGUGUGGAUGGGAUCAACAACUACGUGUGUGUCUGCCCACCUAACUACACAGAGAAGGAAGAGCCACCCUCCGGAUCCUCCUCUGAGCUGCUCCCCGGGAGCCGCAACCCAGGCAGCCUUCUCACAUCCCCCACCCCACCCCCACCCCGAGAGACCGUCCACAGCGAGUCUUCCUCUCCAAGAUCGCUCUCCCCCUGGUGCGAGUGUGCCCCUGGCUACAGCGGGAAGCUGUGCGAGGUGGACAGUGACGACUGCGUGGCCCACAGGUGCCGCCAUGGGGCCCAGUGCCUGGACGCGGUCAAUGGCUACACGUGCGUCUGCCCCCAGGGCUUCAGCGGGCUCUUCUGCGAGCACCCCCCGCCCAUGGUCCUGCUGCAGACCAGCCCCUGCGACCAGUACGAGUGCCAGAACGGGGCCCAGUGCAUCGUGGUGCAGCAGGAGCCUGCCUGCCGCUGCCCGCCGGGCUUCGCCGGCCCUCGGUGUGAGAAGCUCAUCACCGUCAACUUUGUGGGCAAGGACUCCUACGUGGAACUGGCCUCCGCCAAGGUCCGGCCCCAGGCCAACAUCUCCCUGCAGGUGGCCACAGACAAGGACAACGGCAUCCUUCUCUACAAAGGGGACAACGACCCCCUGGCACUGGAGCUGUACCAAGGCCACGUGAGGCUCGUCUACGACAGCCUGAGCUCCCCGCCAACCACGGUGUACAGCGUGGAGACCGUGAAUGAUGGGCAGUUUCACAGCGUGGAGCUGGUGAUGCUAAACCAGACCCUGAACCUCGUGGUGGAUAAAGGAGCCCCCAAGAGCCUGGGAAAACUCCAGAAGCAGCCGGCAGUGGGCCUCAACAGCCCCCUCUACCUUGGAGGCAUCCCCACCUCCACGGGGCUCUCGGCCUUGCGCCAGGGCACGGACCGGCCGCUGGGCGGCUUCCACGGCUGCAUCCACGAGGUGCGCAUCAACAACGAGCUGCAGGACUUCAAGGCGCUCCCGCCGCAGGCCCUGGGGGUCUCGCCCGGCUGCAAAUCCUGCAGCGUGUGCAAGCACGGCCUGUGCCGCUCGGUGGAGAAGGACAGUGUGGUGUGCGAGUGCCACCCGGGCUGGACGGGCCCGCUGUGCGACCAGGAGGCCCGCGACCCCUGCCUCGGCCACAGCUGCAACCACGGGAAAUGUGUGGUGACGGGGACCUCGUACAUGUGCAAGUGUGCGGAGGGCUACGGAGGGACCUUGUGUGACCACAAGAACGACUCCGCCAACGCCUGCUCUGCCUUCAAGUGUCACUACGGGCAGUGCCACAUCUCAGAUCGAGGGGAGCCCUACUGCCUGUGUCAGCCCGGCUUUAGUGGGGAGCACUGCGAACAAGAGAAUCCAUGCCUGGGAGAGGUAGUCCGAGAGGCCAUCCGCCGCCAGAAAGGUUAUGCAUCAUGUGCCACCGCCUCCAAGGUGCCUGUCAUGGAAUGCCGCGGGGGCUGCGGGCCCCAGUGCUGCCAGCCGACCCGCAGCAAGCGGCGGAAAUACGUCUUCCAGUGCACAGACGGCUCCUCGUUCGUGGAAGAGGUGGAGCGGCACUUAGAGUGCAGCUGCGGCCCGUGCACCUGAGCUGCCGGCCGGCCGGGCCUCGCGGACUCCAGCGCUGGCUUGGGACAGCCACGUGGGACCCCCACCUCGAGAUUCGGAGUCAAGCGGUAGAAGCUGGAGAGGAAAAGAAGAGAAUAUUAAGUAUAUUGUAAAAUAAACAAAAAAUAGAACUUAUUUUUAUUAUGGAAAGUGACUAUUUUCAUCUUUUAUUAUAUAAAUAUAUCACACCGUCUGACUAUAUGUACCAUAUAGUGAGUUAUUUUUACCGAGUUUUUUGUCUGGUGUUGUGUAUUUGUCGUGUUUUAUAUAAACAGCUUUUAAAAAUUCUAAGAAAAAAGUAAUAAAAAUGUUUUAACACAAAAGGAGAAGAAUAAAGAAGUGGUAGCCUGUCUUGAGGAGGAAGAGUGUGUACGUUUAUGAAACGCUAUCAUGUCAGCAGAGACCUACACCUGCUCGUCAGCUCAGGAAAAGGAAUAGAAGGGAGAGAGGGAAGGACAAUCUUUUCUUUGUUUCUUCUUAUUUUUAGUAACCUGUUUUUCUUCCCUAAAAGCUUUCCAGUCCUGCUUGUCGGCGUCUAGGAUGCCCGGUUCUUCCCGGGAAGGCUGCUGGGCUCUGGCCUGCGCUGUGACCUCAAAGAAACCGCUGCCUCUGCCCGCCCCAGACCCCCUGCAGGCGCAGACCCUGCAGACCCUGCUCUCCCUCCCGACGGGCCCUGGGCUCCAUUACAAAACUAUCUGCGCUCACACACGAGCUUCAUCUGAGCCUGUGCUGCCAAACCUUAGACUGGCUGCUCUUUUCCUGCCCCCACCGCCCAGCCCGCCCCAGCCACCAGCCCUCCCUCUGACGGCUCGGAGCCGCUCUCCUCCCUGCGGCCACUGUCACACUGGACUGUGACGCCAGGGCUGCUGGGACGAGGCACGGACCCAAGCCUGCCCACAGCCCUGGUAGAAGUCCGGCUCUGGAACGUUCUUGCUAUGGGACAGACAGCCAGGCCUUUACCUGCUCCCCCAGGCCACUGUCAUAAGGACAAGGACCGCUUGCCCGCCUGACCAUUUUCCAGUGCAUGUUGGCACCGCCCCUUAUUUUAUUCAUGUAACUCCUGCCCCCAGGAAGAGUAAAGCAACAUGACCCCAUUUCACAGAUAAGGACACCGAGGCCUCUCUGUAACUUGCCUUAAGCUACGCAUCUGCUACAUGGAAGAGCCAGGCCCAGUGCCCAGACUCAAAGCUCUAGAUUCCGCCUCCAGACUGGCAUAAACACGGGAGAUUUGGGCAGUUUAAGGUCAUCGAGGGAGCCCACCAGAAAUGAAAGUGGAUGUUUUUCCUGCUAUUUUUCCUGCUUUCGUCCGGUCUUGUUCUGCUUCCCUAGCAGCCAGAAAGAUUCUAGACAAAGGGUUGUAGGUACCGGGGUGUGAGCAAAGGCAGCCCUAACUCCACUCCAACAGCUGCCAGCCCUCCUGAAGGGGACCUGCCGCUCCCCCGUCAGGCUCCGCAGCUCACACCAGCUCCCGGUCCCCGGUCACCCACCUCUCCUUCCCCCAGGGGCCUCCCCUGCAGAAGUGGCAGGAAGGAGACCUUCCAGCUCGGAGGGUCCACAGCGGCACCUAGUGGAUCUGUGACGACCAAGGGGGACAAAGGCUCCAAGAAUCCAGAAGGAAGGAAGACAGAGGAGCACAAGGCAAGUGGCAGAUAGGGAGGAAAAGGAGGGAGGAAGGAAGAAUCGAAGGAAGAGAAGGAGGGAGGGAAGGACAGGACGGAGCAAUUUACUUAAAAAUACGUUUGUAUACAUGACGUUCCACGUUCGGACUGGUUUCAAAUGCUAACCGCCAGAUUUACUUAAUAUUUACUACAUUAUACAUCAGACACCAUUCUACUUUUUUUUCACUUAAUUUUCAAAACAACUCUGUAGUAAACACAUGACUAACCCAUUUUACGGUUGGCUACAUGGGGGCACGGGGAAGUUACGGAACUUUCACAAGAGCAGCUAAUUGUUGAGCCAGGAUUUGGGCCCAGGCUGACUCCAGAACGCAUUCCUCAUGGGAAGGAGGCACGUCCUAGCCUUUAAGGAUCCUACCGUCCAGGGCAGAAAGAGUCGUGGGAAAGCACAGUUGCGUUAGUAUAUGAGUUUCCUAAUGGGAGGGUAAACCAGGGCAGUGGCUGACCAGAGCACAGAUUUCCCAAUCCUGGGUCUUCAAGGAUGACUAGGAGUUUGCCAGGAGACAAGAAAGGAAGUUGAAUUUUGCAGAGGAUGGCCUAUGAAAAAGCAGCAAAAUACGAAAAGGCCUGAUGAGAUGUUUGUGGAGCAGGCAGAGGUCUGAGGCAGCAGGAGUGUGGCAUGCGCACUGCAGAGCAGAGGGAAGUGGGGAGGACAGGAAAACGGGUUUGACCACAAAGAGCCACGUGCCGCAGGCCAGCUCACGAGCCCAGUAGGGUUUGGAGCAGGAGGGAUAGCAAGACAAGCUCUGUUUUAGAAAAAGAACUGGUGGCAAAGCAGAGAAAAGCCUGGAAGAGGAGACAGGGCUCUGCCACCCAAAAUGGCUUUGGGGCUCCCCGGCUGUAUUGACAAUGCUGAUUUCCAGCUGGGUCACAACAGUCUGGGGUAGCUCAGAAGGGCUGCCCUGCAGGGGGUGUCCUGGGAUCUGCCCAACAACCCUCCCGCCCCCAUGCUCCACCGCCCACUCCGACUGACCAGGCAGGUGGAGCUGAGCCUAAUUCCACCACCAGCUCUCCUCAAUAGCCUCCGCCCACCCGGCCCACAGCCCAGUCAGCCCACCAUCUCGACAGCCCCGCCCAGGCUGUCUGGAAGGACUCGCCAGGCUGUGGCUUGCCCUCUGCCUCCUCAAGGAAUCCACGGCCUCUCUCUGCCAGUCACCUCCUGGGCCCGACCCCGAGCCCAGCCACAGUCCACCAAGGCAGCCAAAACGACCAGGUUCCUCCCCUCAGUGUGGUUUGGGGGUGCCUAUGAGUCUUCUCUCAGUUUUGGAAGCCCUGACUUUACAAAGUGCCAAAUGCAAAACCGUUAAAGAAAUCCUCCCUACUAGGAAGUUUCUGCAACAAAUGGAGAUUAAAAUUCCCUUACUUGAGCAGCAAAAUUCUAGAAGCAAAGUCCCACGGGGAGGGAAGAGUUCAGUUAGGUAAUUUUCAUGUUGGAUGGGUCGGUGUUUGUGUGGGGGCAUUGCACGUGUACAGAAAGGGAGCCGGGGCUGUUUUCCCCUGAGCAGGAUUCAGGGCAGCAGGGAGGGAGGGUCCUUUUUUUCAGCUCAACCAAGGGACCCUAAAAUGACGGAUGAGAUGAUGUAUUUAAAAGCUCUUGUAAAGUGUAAACUAAAAACCUUACAUGUAAGAUGCUGUUGUUAUCAUUACUGUUGUUGUUGCUGUUAUUGACAUGCCCGACAUUCCUUUGUGGAAGAUGGCUUUGCCUUUCCAAUCUCAUAGGAAGACACCCAAGUCUCAUCCUUCAGAAAGACGGCAGACAGGAAGACAAGGACAGGGGCAAGGAAUGGGAGGUCUCCCAGGGCCAGAGAAGGGAGAAACUCCCCCAGGAUGACCCUCAGGAAGCCGGGAGUGCCUAAAACAGGGGCUGAGCUAACCGUGCCCUUCACCACAUACAAAUCUAUCACCAGCUGAUUCCUAAGUCCAAGCUGUCACCCACUGCCUCUGCUGGGAGCAGAAGCCCCUCGCGUAAAUGAACCCACCCCUCAAAGACUCACAGUGUCCCAGGUUUCAGAGCUGGAGGAACUGAGGGGGUCCCUGGUGGGUGGGCAAACUGAGAAUCAGAGAAACAGUGUCUAGACCAGAGACCAAGGUCACCCAGCAAAUUAACACCAGCAGCGGGAAUAGUCUACCCAGCCCAGAGUUCCUCCAGCUACUCGGCAGUGGGCACCCAGGUGGCGUGAGGCCUGAGACAGACCCUCCAACACCUGCUGGGUGGCCAGGAAAGUAUCCCCACUUCCUCCACAGCCUUCUCCCCGAGCACUCAGAUGGCUGGGAAGCUGCGGCAUUGUCUGGCUUGGCAGCACUUACCCACCUUUUCCACUCUGGGUAAAGCGGUGCCACAGGACACACUUGGGGAAAGUAGAGAGAUGCCAGCUAGCUGGGACCGGCAAAGACAGAAUUGAGCAUUUGGCAAAGCCUAUUUCUCUAACUCAACAAUAGGUUCUAAGAGAAAAAAAUAUGAAGAUGUUUUUUAAAACAAUGUUAUAAUGCCAAUUCCCCAGUAUGGGAUAAAUAAUGUGCAUUUUUUUUUCAACAGACUGUAAUAUUCUGAUGUCAUUAAAAUAAAUGGAUGAGUUACAUACAGGAGAGCUCUCAGAUGCUCUUGUGAAUCCCAUAAGCUCA